AUGACAAGCAACGAUGUUCCGCAGCGGUUACGGUUGGCCAUUAAAUCCAAGCUCACCACGAUGGAUGCCUUCAUCGACGAUGAACUGCCCGACUUCAUCAUGGUCAUGUUGGCCCGCAAAAAGUCGGAAGAAGAAAUGGCUUCUGAACUGGAACCUUUCCUGGAAGACAAAUCCAAAAGUUUCACUUCCUGGGUGAUGAAACUAUUCGAAAAAGAAGAGUCUCAUCCAGCCCAUCCAAGUCACGCUCUCGCUCAAGAAGCAGAAGUAGCGAUUCAAGUAGAAGCUCCACAUCUAGUAGUAGCUCGCGGACAAGAAGCCGAUCAAGAAGCAGAUCGAGGAGCAGAAAACGAUCACGGAAGGUCCAGAAGAAAACGCUCACGAUCUCGCACGAAAAGACGAAGCGAUAGCAGAUCACCAAGAAGACCCAGAUUGCAAAAGACAGGCUCCAAAAACACUAGAAUAUCUAUCACACCCGAGAAAACCGCCGAAGAAAUAUAUCGAGAAAAGCGUGAAGCUAGUGCCGAAAGGAAAAGAAGAAUUGCAGAAGAAAAUGUCAGACAGCGUAUGCUCGCUGACGGCGACGACGGCUUUGGCUGGUCUGAAGGGCGAAAAGCUCUACAGCCGAAACACGAAGAUCCUGCAAGAAUCACGCAGCGUUUGAUCGAUGAAGAGCUUCAAAAAUUGAGAAAGAAAAAGCAGAACUCGAUGCCGAGAAGGCAAGAUUAA